AUUUUAAAAUUAUUCCUUGUUUCUUAUUUAUUUUUACUAUGUGAAACAAAAAUUGAUUCUUUUGUUGUAAACAAAUACAGUGAACCAAAACAUGAUUUCUUUCAAAUUGAAAAUGAAUAUAAUAUUGGACAUAAAGUUAAACGUUCUAUAAUAACAAAUUCAUCAGAUAAUGUUUAUGCUAAAGUUAAUGGACUGAAUGAUGUACAUGCACAACUUAUGGUGCAUUGGUUGGGAGAUGGAUCUGACGUAAUGAUUUGCCUUGCUCGUGAUCCACCUGUAGAACAAGGUGAUGAAUCAAAACAAACUGAUGCAAAUCCACCCAAAGUAUUUAUCUCAUAUGACUAUGGAGAAACCUAUGAAGACAAAACAUCCUUAUUCAAAGUAGCUUACAAUGGGACAAGUGAAAAGUCUGCUAGUUUAGAUCAGUUUCUAACUCAUCCCAAAUUCGACACAAUCAUAUUCACGGAUACAAGAAACAAAGCUAUUUUCAAAUUGUCUCCGAAAUAUGACUACGUUAAACGCACUGAUUUAGAUUUCACCCCAUCAGAUAUAUCGUUUUAUGAAAACGAUCCAAAUAUCUUUUUAAUAUUAGAUAAAAAGGAUGUCGAAAGAAAUUUAUAUUUUACAACAGAUGGUGGAAAAACUUUCAAUUUGUUGCAAGAAUUUGUUAAAUCAUUCGCAUGGUCUAGUGGACCAGAUAUUCCUUUGCUGUUAUACAUUGAAAGAGGAGAACCUUCAGGUUCAUCUUCAAUUAUCAACAUCGAUCCUCUAAAUUUCACAAAAUCCGAUGAGCGUUUUAAGUUCAAUGUCUUGAUUGAAAAUGUCAACGAGUUUAUUAUAAAAAAAGAUUUUAUGUUUGCAACUCGAAAGGAUAAAAAUACUUUAGAACUGUGGGUUUCAUAUAGAAGAAACAAUUUUGUAAAGGCAAAUUUCCAAACUGAACUGGAUAUUAAUGGAUUGCAUAUUUGUGAUGUGGAAGAUAAAUACAUAAUGAUUUCUGCUGCCCACACUCAUACAAUGGCUCACUUGUAUGUUGCUGAAUACGACGAAGACCUCAACGUAAUAACAUUUACGAAGAGCUUGGAAAAUAUUUUAACAUUCAUUCCCAAUAUCAUUUGGAAAACUGGAUGGAUUAUGCAAACAACUGACGAAGCUUUUUCAGAUCUCUACAAAGUCGAAGGAAUGAAAGGCAUUUAUAUUGCUUCAAAAAUUCAUCGACUUACGUCUUUGCCAAGUUCUGAGUCGUCUGUUGGACCUGAACACCUUGUGUCGGUGAUUUCUUUCGAUCAUGGACACAAUUGGCAACCAGUUGCUGCUCCAUCAAUCGAUGACGAAGGUCAGCCAAUCAAUUGUACACAAGAUUGCAGUCUGCAUUUGUCUCAAAAAUUCAGUCAACUUUAUCCAGUCACCAGAUCAAUAACGAUUAUGAGCUCAAAAUUAGCUCCUGGUAUAAUCAUGGCAUCAGGCGUCAUCGGGAAAUCCCUUAAAGGGCAUCCUGGUGUAUUUCUAUCUCGAGACGGUGGACUCACCUGGAAACAAGUUCUUAAAGGCUAUCACUUCUUUAACUUUGGAGAUCAUGGUGGAAUUUUAGUUGCUGUUAAAUAUUUCAAAUCGAAAGGAGAAACCAAAAAAAUUCUCUAUUCAACCGAUGAAGGUGAAAAUUGGCAAUCGUACACUUUUCAUAGCAAAGACUUGAAAGUCUACGGUCUCAUGACUGAGCCAAAUUCAAAUUCGACAAUUUUUACACUUUUCGGAUCGGAAAAACAAGAACAUCGUUGGUUAAUAGUUAAAGUAGAUUUCAAAAAGGCAUUCUCACGCAAUUGCACUAAAGCUGAUUACACAUUUUGGACACCAAAAUACACAUCACCCGAUGGAGAGCAAUGGUGCACAUUGGGUGAACAACUUUCAUUGCAGAAAAGAAUUGCUCAUGCUAACUGCUUGAAUGGCAUUAAAUAUCAAAGAAUUAUAAAAACUCAAGUUUGUCCGUGUUCAAAGCGUGAUUUUGAAUGUGAUUAUGGUUUUAUCAAACAUUCUUCAAUAAACGUUUGCAUUUUAGAUAAAAAAAUAACAACAGCUAUUGAUCCUUAUGAAAUACCAUCGACAUGUGUUUCUGGAGAAUUUUAUAAUCGCACCAGAGGAUAUAGAAAGCUUGAAGAUGACAAAUGUAUUGGUGGCAUUGAAAAUCGUUAUUUGCCACAAAAAUUACCGUGUCCAUUUGCUGAACCAAACUACUUUCUUUUGGUGGCACAACGUGAGCAAAUAUCUCGAGUCGAUUUGAAUACUCAAAAGGUCGAAAAACUGCCCAUUACUGAUUUGAAAAAUGUCAUUUCAAUUGAUUUUGACAUGAAACACAAUUGCGUAUUUUAUGCUGACAUUUUUUCGGAUAAAAUUGUUCGACAAUGCUUAAAUGGUGACACAGACGAGGAAAUUAUUUUGGAAGAAAAUCUAGCAUCUGUUGAAGGUAUGUCCUAUGAUUGGGUAUCUGAGGUGUUGUUUUUCGUCGAUGGAACACGAGCCAAAAUUGAAGCUGUGAAAGUCUCCAAUGAUUCUCUAUUAGGAGCUCGUACCACAAUACUUGAGGCACCAACUCUUAUCAAACCUCGAGGAAUUGUUGUUCACCCGCUAGAGGGAUACGUUUUUUGGACCGAUUGGGGAAGUAUUGAUCCUUCCUUGUCACGAAGUAACCUUGACGGAAAGGACGUUAAACAAUUGUUUACAAAACCAACAGUAGUUUGGCCAAACGGUGUAACUGUUGAUUAUUUUGCUCAACGAAUUUACUGGGUUGAUGCAAGCAAAGAUUAUAUUGGCAGCUCUGACUUGGAUGGUAAACAUUUUUCCAAAGUCUUACAUCAUGAUUUGAGAGUUGCUCAUCCAUUUGCAAUAGCUGUAUUUAAAGAUCAAAUGUUUUGGGAUGAUUGGAAAAUGAAGUCUAUAUUUUCUGGAGACAAAGAUCAUGGCAUCAUGAUUAAAUCUGUAUCAACUGAUAUGCAACAUCUUAUGGAUCUUAAAGUCUUUGCUCAUUCUCUUCAAUAUGGAACCAAUCAGUGUAGUAGUCAAAAUUGUUCCCAUAUCUGCGUAGGAUUGCCAAAUAAUAAACAUGCUUGUCUCUGUCCAGAUGGUUUAGUUCAUUCCAACAAAACCAACGAGUGCGUUUGUCCAGAUGGAAAAGAAAACUCAACAUGCAAUAUCAAAACAAAUAAUUGUGCUAAUGGAUAUUUUCAAUGCAACACAACACGAGUGUGUAUUCCAGCGUUUUACACAUGCGAUGGUGAGGAUGAUUGCGGAGACAACUCGGAUGAGCAAAAUUGUUCGAAGCGAGAUUUUGUACACAGAAAAACUUGUCCCCCGAAUAUGUUCACAUGUGAAUCGGAUGGCAAGUGUAUUCCAGAAUACAAAGUUUGUGACUACGAAAAUGACUGCGAAGACGGCUAUGACGAGAAGAAUUGUCCAAUUCAAGAUUGUGAUGCCAGUGAUUUCCAAUGUGAGAAUGGCCAGUGCAUAGAUAAUCGCCUCAAGUGCGAUGGUGACAAAGAUUGCUUAGAUGGAUCGGAUGAAUUAAAUUGCAAAUUUGUGAAAAGUCAAAUAGAGCCAUGUGGGGAAGAUGAUUUCCAGUGCAAAUCAAAUGGAGAAUGCAUACCAAAUCAAUUUAAAUGCGACCGAGAUUUCGAUUGCCCUGAUAACUCGGAUGAAUAUGACUGCAAGAACAAAGAAUGUGAAGAAUGGCAAUUUAAAUGCAAAAAUAACAAAUGCAUUCCAAACAAAUGGAUUUGUGACAAAGACAAAGAUUGUGAUACUGGCGAGGAUGAAUUAAAUUGCACCAAAAUAGAGGAAACAAUUUUACGUUCAAAUAAUUUCCCAUCGAUUUUGUGUCAUGAUUGGAUGUUCCAAUGCUCGAAUACUAAAUGUAUUCCAAUGUGGUGGAAAUGUGAUAAUGUAAAUGAUUGCGGUGAUAAUAGUGACGAGCUUGGUUGCAACAAUUCGAAAACUCUUACUACUCCAAAUGAAUCGAUUAACUCAAAGGGCAUACAAGAAAAUAAAAAAUGCUCUUUCGCCGAGUUUGAGUGUGAUUCUGGAAGUUGUAUAUCGAAAGCUUACGUGUGUGAUGGCACAAAAGAUUGUAUUAAUGGUGAAGAUGAAGAACAUUGUAUAGAAAAUGCCAAUGAUACUUGUCGAAAAGAUCAAUUCAGAUGUAUUGCCGAUAAGACUUGCUUGCCAAUAACUAACUACUGUGAUAAAGUAGUUCAGUGUUCGGAUGGAAGUGAUGAAAAAGGUUGCGAUAAUCAUUUCACUAGUCCGCCUGUACAAAAUAUUGUAUGCGGACCGGCGUUUUUCAAUUGUGAUGAUACAUGUGAACCUUUGUACAAAAAAUGUGAUAACAAACGAGAUUGCUAUGAUGAUAGCGAUGAAGACAAUUGUAAAAACGUCACUCGUAUAUAUCAAGUGAAUGAAUAUAAAAUUCCUUCUACCAAAAUAACAGAGACCUCUAUAAUGCUUAUAUGGUCAUUGUCGCCAGCGAUAGGAAGUGCAACUAAUGUAAAAUAUUUGCCAUCUAAAGCUGAGAAAAAACUCAACAAAUGGACAAAUGUAACUUCUUGGACUGAAAAAUCGCAUUAUGUAUUUGCUGAUUUAAAACCAAAUACUGAAUAUAAUUUCACUGUUUACACAAAAACAAAUGAUGGUCCAGCACAGCCACCUUACAUGUAUGCUAAUGCAAAAACAUCUGAAGGAAAACCUACUGAACCAACAAAUCUUUCAGUAGUUUCGUUUAACUCUUCACAUUUAGAACUAACUUGGAAAAGGCCAAGUGAUCUUAAUGGGGAAUUUGAUGGAUAUAAUAUAUACUAUAAAUUGAAAGACAACUCAAACUCAGAAACAUAUGAUAAGAAGAUGAAAAAUUCUAGCACACUGAUUGAUAUUCGAAAUUGGAAAAAUGGAACCUAUGAAUUCUGGGUCACUGUAUCAAACAAAAGACUCGAGUCUGCACCAUCCAGUGUUGUCAAAAUAGAUCUACAGCCUUUGCAUUCAACUGCCGAUAUCAAAAACCUUACCUAUAAAGUUAUCGAUGAUAACACAACUAUAAUAUUAAAUUGGGAAUCGGAAACAUCUAGUCAAGCAUACCAUGUAAGAGCAUUUUUGCCCGAACCAUAUCCACAUUUGUUGGGCAAAAAAACUAAUACGACUGAAGUAACAUUUAACAAAUUGGCUCGUGGAGUUUUGUACACAUUCAAAGUUUCAUCGCUAAGUGGAAAAGACAGUGGAAUACCUCAAUUCAUCCAAGUCAAGUUAGAAGGUGACCCUCUACCGGAUAUAAAAAAUACAAGAGUUCUAAAUAAUAAUGGCAAUACUAUAAACAUAAAAUGGGAGAAGGCUAUAAUAUCUACUCCAAAUGUUACCUAUGGCAUUUAUUAUGGAACAACACUUCGUGAAUAUUUAGAAAAACCUCGUCUUGUAACUGGUAGUACAAAUGCUGUCCUCAAUGAUUUAAAACCAUGCUUGUCAUAUUUAAUCGGAGUUAAUGUAUUUGGUCCAUAUGGUCCUGGGCCACUACCCAAAAAACCAAUCAAUCUUAGAACUGAUGAUGAUUAUAAAAAUCCUCCAAGAAAUUUGACAGCUAAAAUAAAUGAACAAAAGCGAGUUCUCUUUAUCGAAUGGGAACAUAGUUGUCCAUUCACAAAAUCAUAUCCACCAUAUCUGAUAACAAUUCACGAAGAAACGCACAACAAAACUUUCAACAUCGAGUUGAAAAAGUUUACACAGAAAAGCAUGUCACAUUAUAUCGUUGAUAUACCUCAUGGUGCGAGCUAUAACAUAUCGGUGAAGAGAAAUACUGAUGAAUCUGCAUCGGCUACAGUUGAAUUAAAAUCGACGCAACUAGAAAGUCCAAAACAAUUGAGGAUUUUGCAGCAAAAAGAUGGAUCUUUGUCGGUGUACUGGAAAGAAAUACAUGCUACCUACGAUUUUGGAUUCAAUUAUGAGCUUGUUAUAUUCGAUGGCUUAAUAUCUAACUUCUCAAGUACGUCCGAAUCCAGAAUAUUGAAGAAAAUAGUUGCUUCAUCACCUCCAGUUAUUGUUAACAAAUCAGAUUUAGCAAUCGAUGAUGCAUCUGGAAAAGUUUAUACAAUUGGUGUACGAACAGUUUCCAAUGAGGGAUACAGUUCAGAAAUAUUCGAAACAGAACAUGUUGAAUUUAUGCCGAGUGCAAAAUGGUAUAAAGAAGUUUCAACAUCCUCUUACUUUUGGCUUUUGCCAGUGUGCUUAAUAAUAGCAACGAUAUUCUUUGUGGUUGGAUUUUACUUCACCAGACGCAACAAACGAGUUAGAACGUCAUUUACUCGAUUUGCUAAUUCACACUACGAUCCAAAGACAGGUGCUACACGAAUUGACGAUGGUGGCAUUAAUGACGUUAAUACCUCCAACAAUUAUGAUCAUAAUAGAUUUUCGGAUGAUGAUCCACUUGUGCAAGCUUAAGACAGUAGUUAAUAUUUCUCCUCUUAUCAUUAUGUGUAUUGUAUAUAUAUAAAACUGAAUGUGAAUUUUUAUUGUGUUGUAAUAUGUUUAAAUUAAGAAACUAUAAAGGCUGAAACUUAAA